ACGUAGGAAGGAACGAGAGCCCGGCGUGUCGUUCGCGCUUGCAUUGCUUUUCGAAGCUCGCGCGCGAUCGGUCGCUCGCGACGUGCACGCGUACCUGUGCGUAGGUGCAGCUCGCGAAACGGCACACGUGAGAAAGAGAGAAAGCGAGAGAGAAAGAGAGAGAGAGAGAGAGAGAGAGAGAGAGAGAGAGAGAGAGAGAAUCCUACGAUUCCUUAUCCGCGAUCUCGUGAUCGAUGUUAUCUCGCGACGAAGAUCCUUCUUCGUGCGCGCGAGAAAGUGACCGGCUUCUCGAGAUCGAAUCUCCGUGGAAAAACGCGAGUGCAGUUUUCGCGUGUCGAUCGGGUCCGCGACUCGGAUCGGGAAUUAUUAUGCUCACUGAGCUGUGAGAUCUCGAACGGGGAAGAGACAGCAGGGAAAGGCGGAAGAGGCUGCGCGGAAAGUCCACUAGCGGAAGGAUCAAGAAAGGGUCACGGGAGAAAGAUGAGGCGGCUACUUCUGUGGACGCAUUUUCUGCUGCUAACCGUGCUGUUAGCACCGGUGCAAAGGAUCGCAGCAUGUAGUUGCACACAGGACCAUCCUCAAACCAAGUUUUGUGAAUCGGAUUUCGUUGGUGUGGUGAGGGUGAAGAAGGUUCUCACCAUGAACGAGUACGAGAUCGCUUACAAGGUCAAGAUAAACAGGGUCUUCAAGUCCAAUCCAAAGGCCGACACGGCUCUGAUGCAGAACCUUUUAUGGACUCCGUCCUCGGAGUCGAUGUGCGGCGUGGCACUGAAAGUCGGCGAGACUUACGUUCUCAAUGGUAGGAUUGUCAGCGGAAAAGCUCUCAUCUCGUUCUGCGGACUCACGAUAAGGUGGGCCGACACGACCAGCAGGCAACGUAAGGGACUGAGACAACUCUAUCAGCAGGGUUGCGUGUGCGAUAUUCUGUAUACACACUGGAGACGCAAGGGCGCCGUGCUGGAGUCCAGCGGUGGCAAGCGUUGCCUCUGGGAGAGCGCACCAGGCCCCCAGGAUUGCCAAGAAAAAUACGGCGUGUGCAUGGUGGCGCCCAGCGGCUGUUCCUGGGUUCCCUCGGUCCCGUACAAGAAUUGUAUCAAGGAGCACCAGCGUUUGCGCGAGCAGCAGAGGUCGCGGGAGCCUUAGUUCCGCUGACAUUCGCGUGCCGGAAUCGUGUUCUUCGACGAUGAGAGAGGAACGACCGGCUCUGUCGGUCGCGAAACGACGCGGCGUAUCUGUCAAUCGGCCCGAUCGCGAUAAUUGAGUCACUGAGAGGGCGGAGUGAGUGUACAGUGACAGUUUAAUGGAACGAACUAUUUGCACAGCGUCGAAAACAACGGAGAUCUGAGUUCUGCUUCUCUAUCGCGAAGCGGAAUAGCACAAUAACUGGUUAAUGAGUCGUCGCAUAAGGCGACGCGACUCUCUCCGUUCUUUGCGCGUUUCCAAAAGUUAUAUUUAUCGUUGAGAUUCCAGAUAUUUCACCGAUUUGUGCGAAUUUCUCUCUCAUAUCGCUCGUGUCUCUCUAAUUAAAGUGACAUUUAUCUCCGAAUGAAAAUGUUAGAUCUCUGAAUGCUUAAGACGACAAAUUCUGACUUUGAAACUUUCUUACAUUUCCUUCCGAGAGAGAGAGGCAAUUACGUAUGUCGAUGGAUGAAAGCAGGAAUAACGAUAUCUUCGCGUUAAGUCAUCUUUGGACGACUUGGACAAGCGAACAGAAAAGAUGACCGCGUCGAGAAAUCGGUGUAAUAUUGUAAUUGUUAAGAUAUGGAAUCAUCUAUCACGUGUUAAAUUAUUCGUAACCUUCGAGAGUUCGGUGGCAACAACGUCGGCUAAUUUUCGGUUCGUAUUCUCUGCUAUGACUAAGCAGCUAGCUAUUAUGUAAGUUCUGCGAUGUAUAAAGGGAGAUGAUUUAGUUAAUUACGGUUAAACUCUAAACCCGACGUUGCUGAAACCGAUCCUUAAUCCUUCAAUUAUUAUUAAUGGAAGACGAGUUUGUAGCGCGCUAAGUAUUUCGAAACCUGCGAAGAUACCCGAUACACAUUUCAUGUUUCUGAAAUGUACACGGGCUGUCCUACUUUCUCACGGCUAUUCUCUUAAUGAGUUGUAUAUAUAUUAUAGUGUACGUUAUAUUCUGCCAGUGUGUAAAUUGUGCAUCCUUAAAUUAUUCCAACGGUCGUUUCGUUGUAUGUAGUCGUAGACGUCAUUGAGACGUACUUUAUACUUCGUAACGUUUUAUGCGCAUUCUUAGGUGUAAAUUAGAUUGUAUCAUGUUCGUUAUCUGCGCAAAUUAUCAUCCGUAAUCCGUGUACCCGGUGUCUAACUAAACGAGAGGCUUCACGGAAUAUUCGAGCUUGCGUUUCCGCAAACAAAGCGGCGAUUCCCUUUACGAGAUUUCGAUGUAGCGCGACGAAGCGCAUCGUUUGACUGCGCUUUGACCACUACUGCGUUCAUUAGCAGUUUCUCGUGAAACGCCUACUACUAAGCGGGUCGAAAUUUAGUACAAAAUAAGACAGAUGCAUUUUUUACUGCAACAAGAGAGAUUUGUUUGCACUUCCGCUCGGAAGUGGACGAAUUUUGUACCUAUGCGUUAGUUUAGUUCUUUACACAUGGUAAUUUCGUAAGUGUUACACAACAGAUACACAGACACAUACACACACACACACACACACACACACACACACAUACAUUCACGACAUGUAGAAUGAAAAUAAACGAAAACAGUCGUCUUCUCGUACGCACGCGCGUUUUGCCCCUUUAUCGGAAAAAUGCGAGAAGAUACUACUAAUAUUGAGUAAACAUUUGUCGAUCGAUCGCACUCACCAUUUCGCGAUGAUUGGGGUAAUAACUCUGCUCGAUGAGGGGGAAGUUGUCUUUACCCAAGCGACGUUGCAGCCCCAGCAGGUGCGCAAAUACCCAAGGUUUGUCCUAUAAUUUCGUAGAGCACAUAGCAAUUACUGGAGAGUUUCAAUCAUACUGUGUGUAUGAUGGGCACAUAUAUAAUAAAAUCGAUGGGAGUUA